AUUGUUCUGGGUCAAUUCUUGUUUACAGUACGUAGAUUAGCUGAAAUGAAAAAAAGAAGAAAAAAAGCAAGUAGACUUUGCCCCUUUCUCAGUUGAAGAUCUAGGUCUAACACACAAAACUGGUCGAACUUGAACCUAAAGAUAAAGUGCAUAUAUUUAGUGUUGCUGAAAUGUUACAGUUUAAUUUUUUACUUAAGGUUCAUCCUUUUCGCAUUGUUUCAAAAUGCACAAACAAAGUUCUUGCCAGAAUGCUUGCAUCUGGAGGUGGUUUUAAGGAAGUUUUUGUUGUCUCUGCAGCUCGUACACCCAUGGGAGCCUUCAGAGGUUCAUUAGGGUCUUUGACUGCUCCUAGGUUAGGAACAAUUGCAAUUCAAGCAGCUCUGGAGAGAGCAGGUAUUCCAAAAGAUGCUGUUCAAGAAACUUACAUAGGGAAUGUGUACCAGGCUGGUGUUGGUCAGAAUCCAGCUAGACAAGCAGCACUAGGAGCAGGUUUGUCUGUUUCUACACCUUGUACUACUGUUAACAAAGUUUGUGCCUCAGGAAUGAAAGCCAUAGCAUUUGCAGCACAAAGUCUUAUGCUGGGACAUCAGGAAGUCAUGGUUGCUGGAGGAAUGGAGAGUAUGUCCAAUGUCCCAUAUUAUCUUCCUCGAGCAGACCCACCUUUCGGAAACAUUACUUUAAUAGAUGGAUGCAUGUAUGAUGGUCUGACUGAUGCAUACAACAGGGUAUUAAUGGGAGUGUGUGGUGAGAAAACUGCCAAGACUUACAAUAUCAGCCGACAAGAACAAGAUGAAUAUGCUAUAAGUAGUUAUAAAAAAUCUUUGGCUGCUUUUGAGGCUGGGGUGUUUGAAAGAGAGAUUGUCCAUGUUGUCAUCCCAGGCAAGAAAGGAAAACCUGAUACUGAAGUGAAACAGGAUGAAGAAUUUACCCGUUGCAAUAUUGAAAAGUUUCAAAAAUUACCUCCUGUAUUUCAAAAAGAUGGAACCAUAACUUUAGCUAAUUCAAGUUCCUUAAGUGAUGGAGGAGCUGCCUGUGUUCUAAUGACUGAACCAGCUAUGGAAAAGUUUAAGGUUAAACCUCUUGCAAAAAUAAUUGGUUUUGCUGAUGCUGCUGUUGAUCCUAUGGAUUUUCCAGUUGCUCCAGCUCAGGCUGUACAUAAGGUUUGUUCAGUAAUCUUGGGACAUCCUUUUGGGAUGUCUGGUGCUCGAAUUGUUAAUUGUCUUGUCUUGAACCUGAAACCUGGAGAAUAUGGUGUGGCAACUGCCUGUAAUGGUGGUGGUGGUGCUGGUGCCAUGUUGGUGCAGAAACUUUAAGUAGACAUAAAGAAAGAGUAGUGCCUUUGAACUGUUGAUUAAAAAAGUAUAAAAAUGAAUAAAAUGUUUCAGUUUAAUGUACAUAAAAAAAAGAACAUUUAAAAACAGUACCAGAAUGUAUUACAUGUUACAGAACUAUGUUUAAUUUUUUUAUUUUUUGUCUUAAAUUUAGAUUUGAAAAAUUAAAACCUUGGAGUUCAUUUAAAAGUUAAGAAUGAUAUAAACUUUAAAACACAAAAAAAUUAAAACUUCAUUAAAUUUGGUUGUAUAACUAAUAUAUAACAUCCUAAAAAACAUGAAUUUCCUAUCCUAGCAUAACAUUUAGGUUUUAUAUAGAUUCAUAUAACAUCCAGAAUAAGAGUUAGUUUUAUGAAUCACUACCAUGUGUAUACUGUGGUUUAAAAAUAUAAACAGCUGUUUAUUAAGUGAGAUUAAUAGCUAACUAUCUGAUAAAAUAAAAUGUAUAGAUGUACAACAAAUGGAGCAUUCCUGUAUGACAGAAAAUAAAGAUAUUUUUCUAUUUUAUA